UACUGUUAUUUACUCUUAAAGAACAAGUUACAGUUACAAAACAACAGCUGUUUAAAACUUAGACUAAAGGUUAUGAUGACACUUUUCAUGAAAUCUUAAUAGAUUAUUAUAGCUUUUAUAAUUUCUUUGUCUUAAAACAAUGACGAAUUAUACAGAAGAUGAAACCACUAUUUACAAAUUAGCAAAACAUUUCUACAAUGGAUUCUAUAAGUUUUAUUUAAGCCCGUAUGAAGUAAAGUCCUUAACAUGGUCUGCACAAGAAAAGCUUCUUAACUUAACAUUGAAUAAUAAUCUUUUGAAAAUGUAUCCAGUAAGCAGCAAUUUCUGUAGGUUAUAUCUAAAAAAUAUUUUGAAAUGUUUAGAGGGAAGGCAAGAUGUUCAUGAAAGUAUUUAUGACUACCUGUGCUCCAUUAUGAGUAAUAAGCAAGGAAUAGAUGAUUUUUACUAUAGACACUAUGUUAUUGGGAGAAAUUUUAGCCAAAUUGUUACUUUGAAGGAAUCAAAUAAUAUGGUUGUUAAUGGAACUACAGGAAUGAAAACUUGGGAGGCUGCUCGCUUAUUGACAGAUUGGAUUCUUCAAAACAAAAAAUUCUUUUAUAACAAAAAUAUAUUAGAAUUGGGCUCUGGUAUUGGUUUAACUGGCAUUACUGUUACAAAAUUCUGUGAAACUACUUCUGUAACAUUAACUGAUUGCCAUGAAGAUGUUUUAAAUGCAAUUAAUGAAAAUAUUAUAAUAAACUUUCCUGUAACAAGUGAAAGGCUAGAAAAAGAAUAUAGAGAAUAUGAUGUUGAUGGCAAAAUAAUGAGAGUAAUGAUGUUAGACUGGAAUGAUAUUGAUCAAACAGAAGUUCAAGACAUUCCAGAUAUAAUAAUAGGCGCAGAUAUAGUAUAUGACCCAUGUAUAUUAGUGCCUCUAUGUAAAGUCCUGCAAUCUUUUUUCCUGAAGAAUAAAUCUUUAAGUGCCUUCAUAGCAUGUGUUAUAAGAAAUGAAGAUACAUUCAAUAAAUUUGUCCAAACCUUGGCUGACUAUAAUAUGAAAGAAGAACAAUUAACAUUGCCUGAAAAUAUUAAUUUAGAGUGGGAUCCCAGUGUUAAUCAGUGUAUUGUUAAAAUAAAUUUUAAAAGAUACCUAUUCUGUUUUUUCAAGUCUGACUAA